UGAGUGGGAAACGGAGAGAGAACAGAGAUAGCAGCAGAUGGACUGCAGCCUGCAACACACUCACAGAGGAUAGACUGUGUUUGGGACGGUGUGUGUGCAUGCGUAACAGAAGAGUUUGCAGGAUAAUGGAGGUAAAUGAGUGAGUGUUGAAGCCUGUUUCAUGUGCCCUGGAAUGCUACUUUGGUGCAGUGAGCUGUAAUCCUACUGGAGAAGAAAGGAUACACACCAGUGGACAGAAUAUAGAGGAGUCAAUACUUUUGCUUUUCAUACUUGGGAGAGCAGGUGCAUCCCCGGCAAAGUACAGUAACAAGCGUGUCAUUGAUGUAAGUAGUAGGAGUAUCCUGAUAAAUGCUACGGACUUCCGGUUCAGGUGUUUUUUUCCUUUAAGAAGAGUAGUGCAUCUUCAUUGGAGGCAGAGUGGCCCCUGGGAUUCUCUAUGGUGAAGAUGAGUCUGGACCCGGUUCAGGUGAUGAGUGGGCAGGUCAAGGAGCUCAAAGUUGCACCGUCAUCCAAUGGAGACAGCAGGGGAUCAUGGGAAGAGAAGGAAGAGUUUAGCCAAGACCACCUGGGCCUUACCACCAAGCCAAAACCAGUGACAGGCAGGCGAGCCCGGAAGGUGGAGGGAGGCAUUUUCUUCCCUAAACCAGAGAACGCUGUGACCAUCGCUGUUUCUUCUCGGGUUUUGUUUCGCACUGAAACGGAGCAGAAGGUGUUUGAGCAGAAAGGAGUAGAGGAGUACCUGAGAUACCAAAUUGAACAUGAGAACGAACCCUUCGCCCCUGGACCUGCUUUCCCCUUUGUUAAGGCCCUGGAGGCGGUGAAUACGCGUCUGCGGGAACUGUAUCCACAAAGUGAAGAACUGUUUGACAUUGUUUUGGUCACAUACAACCAUGCACACGUUGGGAUUCGACUCAUUAACACCAUCAACCAUCACAACCUGUUCAUCGAGAGGUUUUGCAUGACGGGAGGGGCCAGUCCCAUCGGCUACCUGAAGGCCUGGCACACCAACCUCUACCUGUCUGCUGAUGCCGACAAGGUCAGGGAGGCACUGGCUGAAGGCAUCGCAGCAGCCACCAUGUUCAUGCCAGAGAAGCUGACGGAGGUGUCAGAGUCCCAGCUGAGGGUGGCGUUUGACGGAGACGCCGUCCUCUUCUCAGAUGAGUCAGAGCGCAUCUUCAAAGCCCACGGGUUGGACAAGUUCUUUGAACAUGAGAGGGAAAAUGAGGACACUCUGCUGGACCAUGGUCCUUUGAAAGGUUUCCUCGAGGCCCUGGGGAAGCUCCAGAAAAAGUUCUAUGCUAAAGGCCAGCGUCUGGACUGUCCCAUCCGGACCUUCCUGGUCACGGCUCGUAGUGCAGCCAGCUCUGGGAUUCGGGCGUUGAAGACACUCAGGGCCUGGGGGUUGGAGAUCGACGAAGCUUUGUUCCUGGCAGGAGCUCCAAAGGGCCCCAUGCUAGAGAAGAUCAGGCCCCACAUCUACUUUGACGAUCAGAUGUUUCAUGUCGAGGGGGCGGCAGAGAUGGGAACCAUCGCUGCCCAUGUGCCCUAUGGGAUUGCACAGAAACAUCAGAAAGUCUCCAAAAAGAACACCACUGUGGCAAAGUAGGCAGCAGGACUUCAGUGGCACAAACAUGGAGCCAGAACCACAGAAGACACAUCAGCAAAUCCAGCACAGAGAAGUGUUGGAAGAACUUGUAUGUUUGUGGAAAUGCAUCAUUUCCACACUGUCAUUAUUAUAUUGUAGACGUCGUAGCUGUCAUGUUCAGGUCUGGACUGAGUCGAGAUGAAGUCUGGAAACUGAAGUGACCUGGAUGACGAACACUCCCUACACUACUUAUAUUUACAUUUUCAAACCUCACUCUGCUGAGCAUUGAUUCUUAUUUUGUAAUUUUUAACGGUGCUGCACAACAGUUUCCUGACUCAGAUUGUCUGUCUUUGUUUUGACAGAACAUGUUUGCUCUUUGAAAGCUCAACAUGAAUGAAUGAAUGAAUGAAUUGCUAAAACACAAGGCUCAUAUUUAUGUAAACACAAAUAUGACAUUGUACGUCAUCGAUGAGCCAUAAGCACAGUAUAGAGAUGUUAUGAGGCUAAAGGAGAGUGUGAUGCAUACAAGCACAAGAGUUAUUAAUGAAAUGUUAUGUGUUAAUCAUUUUACAGAGUUUAUUUCUAAUAUACAUAACAAAUCUACAGUAAUGUGAAAUAAUAUGCAGUUCAUAUUACUAAGGAAAGAAUGAUUAUUUUAUUAUUCUGUUAGUCCAAAAAAAAAAAUAGAGGAAGCCAUAAAUUGGUGCCUUAGUUGAAAGAAAACACUUUAAACUACACUGUUUUAGCAAGUGUGGACAUUUUUGGACCAGAAUGAAAUGUCUAACCACUGAAUGGAUUCAAAAGAGUACAGAAAAAAUGUUUCCAAAAAAUAAAUAAUCAAUGUGGUGUCCCUUUGACUUUUCGUGUAACUGUAGAAAAGUGGUUUAUUUAGCGUACUGAGGUUUACAAUGUUAGCAUGAUAAUGCUAAUGUUUGCAAAGCACACAUGAGCCUCAGUACAAAAAGUAUUCAGUGUAAUAAGAUUUGUGGUGGUGUGGGAUCCUAAUUGCAGUACUGUAAAAGGUACAUGAGCCUUAGUGAGGUACAGGAAGUAUUUACUGUGGUAGGGUUUACCAUGUUAGUAUGCUAUUGCUAUUAUUGUGAUGGCAUAUUGAUAUUGUUGUAAUGGCACAUUCAAGCCUUGGGGAUAAAAAAACAAAACAAAAACACAAUGUACAAAGGUUUACUGUGAUGAAAGAUCCUACUUGUUGCCUUUUGAAAAAAACAUGAGCCUUUGAAGGGUACAGAUAAUAUUAAUGAACAAAGACCGACCGUAAUAUCACACUAAUGCUGGGAUUCUGAAAGCAAACAUGAGCCUUUGUAUAAAAAGCACGAAAUUUACAAAGGUUUACUGUGUAAUAGAGCCAAAGUGUGUCCACUAAUGUUGUGCCGCACAGGACAAGAGAUUAAUCUUUUUUUUGAUCUUCUUAAUUGUGCUAUUUACAUCCAUGAUGUUUGUCAAUUUUGAAGAUAAUUUUAUGAGUCAAGGAAGUUACAGUUUGUUGCAAAGAUAGUGAAUUGACUCUUUCUGCAUCUAAACAAUUCAAUGGACUUGUUGCAUGUGAUACACAUAAAAAAA